AUGACAGUACCUCGUAACUGUCUUAUGAACGAUAGCAAAAGAAAAACGGUCGAUGUAUGGAUAGAUUGCGAUCCAGGACACGACGAUGUGGUUGCUUUAAUGAUUGCUGCAUCUGCGGAUCAUUGCAACAUUCUUGGAUUGAGCACUGUGCACGGCAACACGACUGUUCAAAACGCAACUCACAAUGCUCUUUCAGUGAUGGAGCUGUUAAAAAAAAACGUUGAUGUUCAUUCGGGUGCUGCAAAACCGUUAAUGAGACCAUCUAAACUGGCUACUCACAUCCACGGUGUUAAUGGACUGGCUGGCAUUUCUCUUUUACCAGAUCAACCGAAGAAACAAGCUGUUCCCGAUGCGGUAACAGGCAUGCAUCAAGCAAUUUCUCAAAAUCCGGUCCCGAUUACUCUUGUUGCGACAGGCCCUUUAACGAACGUAGCUUUGUUGGUAGCCACUUACCCUAAAGUCACCGAAAACAUUGAGCGACUUGUCUUUAUGGGUGGUAGCACGGGAAUCGGUAACAUCACUUCACAAGCUGAAUUCAAUAUGUUUGCUGACCCAGAGGCUGCCAAACUUGUCCUUGAAACUCCUUCACUUGCUGGAAAACUUUAUAUGAUUCCAUUAGACGUAACACAUAGCGUUCUGAUGGAUUCUUCAAUCAUAACAAAGUUACAGCAGCGCGGAAGUCCAGUCACGAAAACCAUACUCGAACUUAUGACCGUCUUUCAGGCUACAUAUGAAACUGUAUAUGGUUUUAAAAACGGUGUACCUGUGCAUGAUGCCUGUGCAAUUGUUUACGCAUUAUGGCCUGAACUUAUGGCCUCACGACUAAUGUAUGCCACUGUCAGUCUCGACCAUCUGACUCUUGGUCGAACAGUGUGCGAUGUUUGGUCGCAGCAAACUCAGUAUUUUCCAAAUGUUCAUGUAGUCCUUAGUGCUGAUGUUGCUGCUUUUUGGAAAUUGUUUAUGUCAAUCGUUGAUAAACUUGAUGCCGUGUGA